AUGGCCGAGGAGGAUGAGGGCUGCGACCACCUCUACAAGGUUGUCCUUGUCGGAGACGCGACUGUGGGAAAGACACAUUUGCUUUCGCGGUAUGUGAAAGGCACACUACCGAAGGCUCCUACGGCAACCAUCGGUGUAGAGUUUGCCACACGCACCAUCCCCCUGGCUGUGGGUGGUACGGUCAAGGCGCAAAUUUGGGACACCGCAGGGCAGGAAAGAUACCGAGCAAUCACAAGCUCACAUUACCGUCGCGCUGUGGGUGCACUUCUGGUCUAUGAUGUGACCAGGAACGCAACCUUCCAGAACUGCCUGAAAUGGCUUGAAGAGCUGCGGCAGAACGCAGAACCGAAUAUCAUCAUCAUGCUAGUUGGGAACAAACUCGACUUGGUUGAGAAGGAUCCCACUGCACGACAGGUGCAUUACGAUGCUGCUUUGGAGUUCGCUCGAACGCACAAGCUCCUCUUCAAGGAGGCAAGUGCUGUCACGACCUAUAACGUGAAGCAUGUCUUCGAGCAACUCCUCCAGGAGGUGUACAAUCAGGCGUCAAAGAACGCCAAAGAACGACGCCGGGAGCCAGGCGGCAUCCAGAUCCAGCCUGGCGGUACCAUCCCCGUGCAGGAGGAGAACCCCUGUGGCAACCAGGCUUUUGCCGUGUCCCAUCAUGAAUGGAAACUCACCCAGCCGGAGAGCGGGCUUGCUCAGCUGUUUGGCCUUGGUGUCACAGAGCCGGCUUCGGAGGAGUCACCGCUAGAGAUCAUGAAGACCAGCGGCGUGGAGUGGACCAUGAUGUUCAAGGCAGCCGAUGAUUUUGCACGGAAGAAUGGUCUCCGAAAGUUGGGAGACUCCGAGACAGCAGCAGCCAAGAUGGCCUCCUUCUACCCACAAGAUGAGGCUUUCCAGGGCGUGCGUGAUUGGUUGGAUGCCCGUGGCAUGCGGCGGCAUUUUCCGGCAGUGAACCAAUGGUGCAAAGAGAUGGGCGCAGAAGACAUCAUGGAUCUGAUUGAAAACACGGAGGAGAUUGCCGAGUUUCUGGGAGACUCCCUCAAUGAUACUGAGCGUGCUGAUCUUAUCGGCCGGCGGUUUUUCGAGGGUCGGACUUCCUAA